AUGGGCCAGAACAACAGUGUCACCGAAUUCGUCCUGCUGGGCUUCACUCAGGAUCCUGCAGGGCAAAAAGCAUUAUUUGUUAUGUUUUUACUCAUCUACAUUGUGACGAUGGUGGGAAACCUGCUCAUUAUGGUGACAGUGAUUGUCAGUCCCUACUUGUACUCCCCAAUGUACUUCUUCCUUGCCUCUCUGUCAUUCAUGGAUGCUGUUUAUUCCACUGCCAUCACACCCAAGUUGAUUGUAGACUUGCUCCGUGAUAAGAAGACCAUCUCCUUCACAGCAUGCAUAAGCCAGCUCUUUAUAGAGCAUUUAUUUGGUGGUGUUGAUAUUGUCAUUCUAGUGGCAAUGGCUUAUGAUCGCUAUGUGGCUAUCUGUAAGCCCCUGCAUUAUUUGAAUGACAUGAAUCGACGGGUAUGUAUCCUUUUCUUAGUGAUGGCCUGGGCAGGAGGGUUUGUACAUGCUCUGAUUCAAGUACUCACUGUGUAUAAACUUCCUUUCUGUGGUCCCAAUAUCAUUGACCACUUUGGCUGUGAUAUAUACCCACUAUUGCUACUUGCAUGUACUGACACCUACUUCAUUGGCCUCUCUGUCAUUGGCAAUAAUGGGGCUAUGUGUAUAGUGAUUUUCAUCCUCCUCCUACUCUCCUAUGGAAUCAUCCUAAGAUCUCUCAAGACUCACAGUCAGGAAGGGAGGCGUAAAGCCCUGUUCACCUGCAGCUCCCAUAUCACUGUGGUUUUCCUCUAUUUUGUUCCCUGCAUUUUCAUGUAUGUUAGACCUGUUUCCAGCUUUCCUGUUGACAAGGCCAUCACUGUCUUUUGUACAGUUGUCACUCCCAUGUUGAAUCCUUUAAUAUAUACUUUGAGAAACUCAGAGAUGAAAAAUUCUAUGAAAAAACUCCUGCACAAUUUAUUAAGUCCCAAUAGAAUAAGACUUUCUUCUUGA